CACUGCAUUCUGCGCAACUUGGAGCUUGAGGCAGCAGCAAACCAGGAUCUACUCUUUUCAAAUACACACAAUUAUUUUUUACAUCUGCCUAUACAUCAUCCUUCAACAGCAACUGUAACCAUGGUACUGGAGGACUCUGAGUGCAGCGUUUUUGAGCUUGACAUCACUGAGGAGGAUGUGGAGACUGCUUUUGGUCUGGUGCACUGCACCAUGAUGGGUAUUCCGAAGGGUAACCGGCCUACCAUCCUGACCUUCCAUGACAUCGGAUUGAACCAUAAGAGCUGUUUCGAGUCUCUCUUUAAUCACAAAGACAUGCAUGAGAUCAUGCAACACUUUGCUGUGUGCCAUGUUGAUGCCCCAGGACAGCAGGAGGGUGCCAGCACACUCUCCUCUGAGUAUACCUAUCCUUCUAUGGACCAGCUCUCAGAAACCCUCCCUAUGGUCCUACAGCAUUUUGGUCUGAAGAGUGUGAUUGGAAUAGCAGUUGGAGCCGGAGCCAACAUCCUUACACGCUUUGCACUAAAACAUCCAGACAUGGUUGAAGGUCUUGUUCUGAUUAAUUUAAAUGCACACGCAGAGGGUUUCCUGGAAAGGGCAGCACAAAAGAUCACAAGCUGGACUCAUGCUCUCCCUGAUACAGUCAUUUCACACCUGUUUGGAAAGGAGGAGAUACAGAACAAUCAUGAACUGAUCUUAACCUUCCGUCAUCUCAUUACAAACAACAUUAACCAGUCCAACCUGCAGCAGUUUGUUAAAUCCUACAAAAGCCGAAGGAAUCUGGAGAUCGAGAGACCAGUACAAGGAGAAAACGUAAAUGUAAGAAUGCUCCAGUGUCCAGCUUUGCUGAUAGUGGGUGAUAGCUCUCCAGCUGUGGAAGCUGUGGUUGACAGCAACUCCAGAAUGAACCCAACAACAACCACAUUUCUCAAGAUGGCUGACUGUGGCGGCCUGCCUCAGGUUGAUCAGCCUGGCAAGCUUAUAGAAGCUUUCAAAUAUUUUAUCCAGGGCAUGGGCUACAUGCCCUCUGCCAGUAUGACCCGUCUUGCUCGGUCUCGCACGGCCAGUAACUCAUCUCUGGAGCGGGAGCGGGAGCGAAACCGUAACCGCGGCGGUACAAACACGGAUGAGCAGCGUGGACGCUCCCACACCGACGUCUCCAUGGAGAGCACCCCUGGCACGGAGCACAGCUCCUCAGGCCCCACACAUUCCGUCGAGCUGUCCUGCUGAACGCCUUGUGAAAAUAAUACCACCGUGCAAAUCAGAAUGGAACUCAGCAGGCGGUUUGAUAUUGGACCUGAAAUCACAGAUUUUGAACCUGAAAGCUGAUGCUCCUGUGAUUAGAUAAUGUUUAAUGUAUCAUUGGUAUUUUUCACAAGAUGGCGCUCAAAGUAAACAAAUGUUUCACGUACUUAAUAUAUUGACUUAGCACUAGUUUAAAAUAUCUGAACCAGUGGUUUAAUUUGACGUUUUAUUACUUACAAUGAACAAUAUGUGAUAUUUUACAAUUAAAAUUGUAUAUAAUUACGUUAAGAA